AAAUCUCUCUUUUCAACUUCGCCCCUGUCAGCUCUGUGUGGUGAUGUUUGUACAGCUGUACUAUUAACAAUGCCUGUGGAGAGCCUUCCUGUCCGGGAUGCGUCCAUUCAUUUCCGUUUACUGCAGCAGUAUCUGCUUCUUCUGAAGAAAUAUCCCAUCCUCACUAAGUCUGUGACGAGUGGCAUCCUCUCAGCUUUAGGAAAUCUUCUGUCUCAGAUUUUGGAGGCAAGAAAAAAGGUCAAGAGUGGAGCACUGGUCAGUGAGGUCGACACAGCUGGAGCUGCACGUUAUGCCAUUUAUGGGUUGUUUAUUACAGGACCGGUGAGCCAUUUCUUCUACCAGCUGAUGGAAGUAUGGAUACCCCCCACAGACCCGCUCUGCAUAGUCAAACGUCUGCUACUGGAUCGGCUUUUUUUUGCCCCUGGCUUUCUGCUCCUUUUCUACUUUGUAAUGAACAUCCUGGAGGCUAAAGGAUGGAAAGACUUUGAAAAGAAGAUGAGAGGGAGUUACUGGACUGCUUUAAAGAUGAACUGGAAAGUGUGGACUCCUUUCCAGUUCAUUAAUAUCAACUUCGUGCCUGUCCAGUUCAGAGUGCUGUUUGCCAACAUGAUCGCCUUAUUCUGGUACGCCUACCUUGCAUCUGUGAGGAAAUGAAGCUGCCCUUGUACUUCCUCCCUGAAAAUGAAUCUUACUGUACUACUGUUUGUGUUUCUAAUCUGGACAGUAAUUCCCACAUAUAGUAACUCCUCUGAUUAACUCCCUGAGCAAUGACAAAGCCAUUAUAACAUGCUGCUAUAUUUUGGAUACAUGAGUGUGUUUGUAAUUUUAGAGUAUAAUAAUGUAGUUUAUAAUACAUUUAUUUUUACAGAGCACUGCCAGCAUAUUGUAAAAUAUAACAGUAAAACUUGAAUAGUAUGACUGAGACAGAAAAAAUGGAAUAAUGCUGAAAAAAAAAAAAAAUUAAAAAAAACUUAAAGUGUGCCUUUCUGGUUCAUUAAAAAAAAAAAAAAAAAAUCUGUACUGGAUACAGCUCCACCGUUGAGCUGAGGAAAAAAGUACAAAAAACGAGAGACCAGCAAAUUUACAUUUUGAACUUUAUUUUUUUGUUUUGUUUUUCUAAACAAUGUCCAAUUAAUGUCAAAAUAAAAUUAUUACAUCCUU